AUGAGAAUCCCUUACGUCGCCGACCCGCCACCGACCUCGACGGCAGAGGAGCAAGCCGUCGUGGAGCGUGUGCGAGCCCGCCGGGCCCCCCGUCCCCUUCAACCGCUCGACCGCGCCCUCCUGCACUCCCCGGCCGUGGCGGACGGAUGGAACACCUUCCUGGGGGCGAUCCGCACGCGCACCUCGCUGGCGGCCGACGUACGCGAGCUGGCCAUCUCGAGGGUGGCAGUCUGCAACGGCGCCUGGUACGAGUGGGGCCACCACGCUCCCCUCGCCGCCGCCGCCGGCGUGUCCGACAGGGCGCUCGACGUGGUCAGGAGGGAGGGCGAGCUGCCCCCCAGGACCGACGUGGGCGGGGACCUGCUGUUCGAUGACCGGCAGUGGGCCGUGCUGGCAUACACGGAUGAGAUGACGAGGCGCGUCAGGGUGGGGGACGACACCUUUGCCGCUCUCAGGGCCCUCUUCAGCGAUCGGGAGAUUAGCGAGAUCACCGCCACGGUAGGACGAGCCUUCUCCUGUCGGACCCUCUCUUCUCACAUUUCUUCCAACAUGUGA